CCAACACACACUUCCGCCUCUCCUCUACUCCACGUCCAGUCUGAUACUAUUAACUCCAUUUUUACAGAGGCUGUGGAACAUUUGGUGGAUGAUAUAAAACCCACAAAGAUUUCUCAAGGCUUCGCUGACAGCUACUGUGGAUAUAAACAUGUCGGGGAUGAAUAGUGAUCAGCUGUACCGCUCCACCUUGGGGAUUUACUCAACCUUGAUGGACGAAUUCAAUCCAAGCCUACAGAAACUGGUUUCACUGGGAAACAGCUAUGUCCAAGCUUUCCAGGCUCUCGCAGUCACCAGUGAGGCCUACUUCACUGCACUUUCAAAGAUUGGAGAGAGGGCUUUCCACACCAUAUCCUCACGCUCCCUAGGGGAUGUCCUGAUUCAGAUCUCUGAGAGCCAAAGAAGACUCACCAUGGAGCUGGAUGGAGUAUUCCGCUGGUUCACGAUGGAGGUUCUUCAGGAGAUGGACAACAACAUUAGAAAGGACAGAGGUUACAUAUCAAGCAGCAGGAAGCACUAUGAGAUGGAAGUCAAAAACCAGGCAGUGGCUAUGGACCGACAGCUGAGGAGAGGAGCCAACCAGGAUUGUAGUGAGUAUGUGCAGUUCCUCAGGGAGAGCCACAGCGAGGCUUUAAAGGAGGAGGAGAGGCGCUACCGCUUCCUGUCGGAGAAACACUGCGGCCUGAUACAAUCCAUCGCCCACCUCAUGAAUAAGACAGGAGGUUCUCUCCAGCAGAGAGCAGAUGCCUGGACAGAGGAGGUGGGGGCCACCAGAGGACCCAAGGCCAGAAGCCCCACUUAUGUGGAAAACUUUAUGUCGUUGAGAGAGGACAUGAGGAAGAGCAGGGAGGAGCUUCCCCUCGGCAGAAUACCAUCACGGGCUCCGUCACCCGUGGGAAGCGUUUCUCGCUUCGCAGAAGGAGGUAGAAGAGAAGAUCUCACGAGGGCCCGGGUGGCCCACCAGCCCGGCGGCUCCAACCCAACCCUGCUGCCCUUCAACAAGGGAGAGACGAUCACUCUGCUGGUCCAACAACCCAGGAACGGCUGGCUGUUUGGACGCGCCGACAGCAGCUCACGUCAGGGAUGGUUUCCAGCCUCCUAUGUGGAACCAGUGGAUGAUCCUCCAAUGCCAUCCAGCUCUGGGCGCUCCGUUCUCCGAAAAAGUAACUCCAUGAACAACCUGCUCGACCAAUCAGGAGGCAGCAGCUACAGCGGAGCCCCGCCCCCUCCGCCGCCACCUCCUUCAUUUUCAAAUAACCAGUACGAGACGCGACCAAUCACACCGACUCCUGACAAAAGGGCGGAGUCUAAUUCAGAACACAAGAGAUCAAAACAACAUGCAUCACAACCAGAACUUUUCCCGAGGGGUACCAACCCAUUUGCCACCGUUAAGCUGAAGCCCACGUCAACCGAUGACAGAUCGGCCCCGUUCGUUCACCGACGAUGACAUCUUUACCCUGAACUAAACGCUUUCGUGGAGCCUAUUUUUGACCUUUUAAAAAAAAUAGCUAAGCAUAUACGGUUGAAAUUGUGUCUGUAAAUCUUGAGUUGAGGCUGUCUAGCAGUUCAUACCUUGCCAUAAAACCCUCCGUUUGCCGAAGAAAGAGGAAGAAAAAGUCUAAAUAUUUUAGAAUUCUUGGGUUCGCACAAAGAGUGUUGAUUUUGGACCACUUAUCUACAGGUAACCUUUUAUAAAAGCUUACACCUUAAAAAAAUGGUGAAUAAAUCAUGUAUUAAUUAUACUUGGAAGGGAUGUAUACGUUUUCCGGUAACUCCUGUGGGUGGAUCCUUUCUAAUUGGUAUUAAUACUGUUUGGAAAGUUGGUCAUCCAUUCCUAAAUACUUGAAGGUUUCUCACUUUGCUACAAAAAGUUGACCUUGAGUGGAGUCGGUUUUGUCAGGUUUUCUUCCUCCCUUUCUAUACAGUAAUGUUUGCUAGAAAAAGAGGGUAAAAUAAAAAGUAUACAUAUUUUAUAAUUCUGUAGAGAUACAUGUAUAUUUUUAACACAAAUGGUGUUUUUUUAAUUCUAGAAUGGUUUAAUCCGUGUUGUUUUCAUAAUAAGAUGGCUCUGGUUUAAGCUUGUGUUAUAAUUAGGGUCUGAAUACAAACAUCAUCAGGUCAUAGAAGAUGAUGAAGAAGAUGAAGAUUCAACUUUAGGACCCUAUAGGAAUCAAAUUGUUAUUUAUCCUUAUUAUUUUUCCUAAUGAAUUGCAAAUUUGAGUGCCUAAACAUGUUCGAAUGUUCAGGUAAAAAUAUACGUAAAAUUGGGUUUGUAUGUACCAUCGUGGCAAAAAAGGCUCAACAGCGGCUCUUGACACCACAGCGCCCAUAUGAACGAAAGUCCUACAUGUUGUUUAUAAUGAAUCUCUUUGAAACAAAUGUGUUCAUGUAAUAUACAAGUAAUGUAUGAGUCGAUCUUAAAUCUUCAUUUCUUCUCUGGUGUAUUGUAAUUUUUACAGAUUACAUGUGACUGAUUUAAUGAUUUUGGGAAUAAAUGAUGUAUAUUUAUAA